AUGGGCUCUCUCAGUUCCGACGCAAAACUACCAUGGAUCAAGACACCAUGUGUUCUAAACCCUCAACUAUCCCGAGCUAUAGGCUGCAAUGUCUAUCUCAAGCUUGAGAACCUGCAGCCCUCAGGCUCCUUCAAGUCCCGCGGCAUCGGGAACCUUAUGACUCAAGUAGCCGCUGCGGCCACAGGCCCUGUUCAUUUUUACUGCUCCUCUGGUGGCAACGCUGGUUUGGCAUGCGCAACUUCUGCUAUCUCACUGGGCCAGAAAGCGACCAUUGUCAUGCCCACAAUAAUCAGCCAGUUGAUGAAGGGAAAGCUGCUUGAUCUGGGGGUCGAGGUGCACCAGAAGGGUAAGAACUGGGCCGAGUGCGAUAAGUAUAUGCGCGAGGAGUUAUUGGCGAACGAUCCUGCGGGCGUCUAUGUCCCACCAUUUGACGAUUCUCGGAUCUGGGAUGGUGCGGCAACUAUGGUGGAUGAGAUGCGAGACCAGGUCGAGGAACCCAUCGAUGCCAUUGUCUGCAGUGUCGGCGGCGGCGGUUUGGUCAAUGGCAUAAUGCAAGGCGUCGAAAGCCAUCCCUGGCUACUCACGAAGCCAGCGGUUAUCGCUGUUGAAACCACAGGAGCUGAUAGUCUCAACGCAAGUGUCGUAGCCAAAGAACACGUCACACUGCCCGAGAUGACCUCAAUCGCGACGUCACUAGGCGCAACAAGAGUGUCAGAGCAGACAUGGAAAUGGAGCCAGCAUCCGUCAGGAACAAUGAAGAGUCUCGUUGUAUCUGAUGCGGACGCCGCUAUAAGUGCUGUUCGCUUCGCUGACGACGCACGGCAGUUGGUCGAAGUAGCAUGCGGUGCAACCCUGGCUCCUGGUUAUCGAGGAGAUCUGAGGAGGAUUCUUGGUGAGGGUUUGUCUGAUGAGGAAUGGAGCAGAAAGAAUGUUGUGUUUGUAAUUUGCGGAGGCUCUGGUGUUACCCUGGGUAUGCUAGAUGGAUAUCGGGAAAAGUACCAGGCAGAGUCUUCGAUUAAGCUCUAA